UCCCCCGCUCCCCACCACCCACACGUAUUAUCAUUGCGAAAACCAAGUGCAACAGCAGUUUCUCAGCCAGCCAAAACAGCAAAUGCGUCGCAACCAGUGGAAAAUGGAUCAAUAAAGCGCAAACCUGCAACCCCUGACCACUAAUUGGAUUCCCUCGGGCGCCGGGCGACAGGAAACGGAAAUUGCCACCCAGCGAGGCCAGCGAAUCGCUUGCGAGAUACACAAUACACAACAAAGAAGCAAAAAGUUAGGAUGAAGUCUACCAAAACGCGGGCUGCGCGCCUCACAAGCUUGACGGAGGAUGUGGCCGUCGUUCCGGAGGAUGCACCCUUCCGGGCACGCCUCCACUUCCUGUUCGCCCAAAUAGAGCGGGAGUUCGAGCAGCUUUAUCUGGAGAAUCAGUCCCUGCAAGAGAAACUAGAGAUAGCCACCGCCACCAAGGAGUCGGUGAUCCAGCAGGAGCAGCGCGUCACAGCAGGAGGAUCCCUAAGCGCUCAGGCUUCUUCCACAGCCCUGGCCACGCCAGCCACACAGUCAGAUGAAGUGGGUGGCAGUUUCCUGGCCGCCGCAUCCAGCACACACAAGAGCCUGAAGGCCAAACUAAGCAGCGCCACCGGCGGAAGCAAGGCGAAGGCUAGCAACAAGAUCAAGGCCCAGACCAGCCGCAUCGUGUCCAGCUUCAAGGCACCCACAGUGGUCAGCACGGUGGUGCGCGAAUUCGGCGGUCACAAGGACGGCAUCUGGCAGGUGGCCGCCAAAGCGGGACAACCCAUCAUCGGCACUGCCUCAGCCGAUCACACGGCCUGCAUCUGGGGCGUUGAAAGCGCCAGAUGCUUGCUGCAGUACCAAGGACACGCAGGCUCCGUUAACUCCAUUAAGUUCCACCAGCAGCGGGAUCUCGUGCUCACUGGCAGUGGCGAUGGCACCGCACACAUUUGGCAGGCGGCCGUCAAUUGGGAAGUCCCAAAAAAGGGCCAUUCUUCAGAGGAGGAACUGGACGACAGCGAUGAACAGGUUGAGGACCGCGAUCGCGUGGACACCUUACGCACUCCGCUCUGCGAGUUCACUGGGCCAGGGGGACACCUAUCGGUGGUGGUGGCCGCCGACUGGCUCUCCUCGAUGGACCAGAUCAUCACGGGCAGCUGGGACCGGACCGCCAUCCUGUGGGACGUGGAGACGGGCCAGCCACUGCAGCCGCUCACGGGACACGACCACGAGCUGACCCACGUGUCGGCGCAUCCCACCCAGCGUCUGGUGGUCACCGCCUCCAGGGACACCACGUUCCGCCUGUGGGACUUCAGAGAGGCCAUUCCGGCAGUCUCGGUCUUCCAGGGACACUCGGAGACGGUUACGUCCAGUGUGUUUGCCCGGGAUGAUAAGGUGGUGUCCGGAUCGGAUGAUCGCACAAUCAAGGUGUGGGAGCUGCGCAACAUGCGAUCUGCUUUGGCCACCAUUCGCACGGAUUCCUCUGUCAAUCGACUAGCGGUGUCUAGUGGUGGUAUCAUCGCCAUACCGCACGACAACAGACAGAUCCGGCUCUUCGAUUUGAAUGGUCAAAGAGUGGCCCGAUUGCCACGAACCAGUCGGCAGGGCCACCGAAGGAUGGUGUCUUCGGUGGCCUGGGCUGAGGAACCACUGCUUGAUUGCGACCUUUUCUCUUGUGGCUUCGAUCGCCGCGUUUUCGGCUGGUCCAUCGUCCUGCCGAAGGACAAUUGAAGGCGGCUGAAACGGAGAGCUGCUCCAAAGGAAUGAGGAGGUGCAGCGCUGCGGAAUCCAAACAUCUCUCGAACAAAGCAUCUCAUAGCGAUGCUCAUAACUUAUGUGUAAACCGUUAAUCAUAGAUCAAGUAUUAUGCAAACAUUGUUCAAGAUGUUAAAUAUCUAGAUGUAGCCCACUGAGUGUAAUUAUCGUUGCUUUUUGCCAAAUAGUCGUGGCAUAUUGUGCUGCACGUAUACUACAUAUUAUCAUUGUUAUAGCGAUCGGAGUGCAGAGCUUCCGACGUCCAGUUCCGAUUUAAUCUGUGUUUUACUACCAUAAUACAUAUUAUAGAUGUCUAAGGCAUGAACGUUUUAGCAAACAUGAAUAAACAUAAUCAAGCACCCGAUUCA